AUGGGUUCCGUUCCUACUGAAAUCGGCGGAAGACUCGCUGGCAAGAAUGCCAUCGUUACCGGUGCCGCAGGUGGUAUUGGCCUCGAGACGAGCAUUCUCUUUGUGAAGGAGGGUGCCAACGUUAUGAUGGCCGACAUUUCUGCUCCCGCGCUGGACAAGGCUAAGGCCAAAGUUAUCCAGCUCGUCCCCUCGGCCCAGGUCGACACAAAGCAGGUCUGUGAUGUUUCCAAGGAGGACCAGGUUAAGGCCCUCGUCGAGUCGGUCGACCCCUGGGGCGGUGUUGAUGUCAUGUUCAACAACGCCGGCAUCAUGCACGCCCGCGACGAUGAUGCUGUCAACACCCCCGAGGAGAUCUGGGACCUGACCCAGAACAUCAACGUCAAGGGUGUCUGGUUCGGCAGCAAGCACGCCGUCCUCGCUCUUCGCCGCGCCGGCAAGAAGAAGGGCUCUAUCAUCAACACGGCCUCCGUCGUCGCUCUCGUCGGCGCCGCCACCCCGCAGCUCGCCUACACCGCCUCCAAGGGUGCUGUUCUCGCCCUCACCCGCGAGCUUGCCAUGGUUCACGCCCGCGAGGGAUACCGCUUCAACUCGCUCUGCCCGGCACCCCUCAACACUCCUCUCCUCCAGGACUGGCUCGGUGAUGACGUUCCCAAGCGCAUGCGCCGUGAGGUUCACUUCCCUACCGGCCGCUUUGGCGAGGCCAUCGAGCAGGCUCAGGCUGUCCUCUUCCUUGCCAGCGAUGAGGCAAGCUUCGUCAAUGGCCACGACAUGGUUGUCGAUGGAGGCAUGACCAAGGCCUACGUCACCCCCGAGGGUCCCCCGUUGGCCGCUCCUGUGAACAACGCCAGCCGCACCAGCCUCGAGUAA